GUGUGUGUGCGGCUUCGACUGAGAGAGCGGUGUAAUGAUAAAAGCCGCAUUUGCGGUACGCUCCUCUCACCUCAUUUAAGUCCGGAAAAAACGGAGAAACCGCCUUAUUUCAUUCCUCCUCGGGCCCUAGACUUAUCCACGUCUCGGAGAACAUUGUGAAGCACCAUGUCCAGGCCGUCAGGGGGCGGUGUUGCCAAUGAUGUCACCCGUUUCCUGUCCACGGGGGCGGUGCCAGGCUCGCCCACUUCCUCUACCCCCACUGGCCACGUAUUCUCCGCCUCCAGCCAAGCUGAUUGGGCGGCAAAGAGGCUCGUCUGGGUUCCGUCCGAGAAGCACGGCUUUGAGUCUGCCAGUAUCCGUGAGGAGCGAGGGGAUGAGGUGGAGGUGGAGCUAACAGACAGCCAGAGGAAGCUGACCCUGUCCAGGGAGGAGGUCCAGAGGAUGAAUCCUCCCAGGUUCAGUAAGGUGGAGGACAUGGCUGACCUCACCUGUCUCAACGAAGCCUCCGUCCUACACAACCUCAGAGAGAGAUACUACUCUGGCUUGAUAUACACAUACUCGGGCCUGUUCUGUGUGGUGAUCAACCCCUAUAAGAACCUGCCCAUCUACACAGAGUCUAUAGUGGAGAUGUACCGAGGGAAGAAACGCCAUGAGAUGCCCCCUCACAUCUACGCUAUAUCAGAGGCUGCCUACCGCAGCAUGCUACAAGACAGAGAAGAUCAAUCUAUCCUCUGCACCGGCGAGUCUGGCGCAGGGAAGACAGAGAACACUAAGAAAGUCAUCCAGUAUCUGGCUCAUGUGGCCUCAUCCCAUAAGACUGGAACUCUGGGUAGAAACAAGGAGGCCUCACAGAUGGAUGGCAGUAGAUUCUGGUUUGGGGAGCUAGAGAGACAGCUGCUACAGGCCAACCCCAUCCUGGAGGCCUUCGGAAAUGCCAAGACUGUCAAGAACGACAACUCCUCCAGAUUUGGCAAAUUCAUCCGUAUUAACUUUGACGUGGCUGGAUAUAUUGUCGGUGCCAACAUUGAGACCUACCUGCUGGAGAAGUCGAGGGCGAUCCGCCAGGCCAAAGAUGAAAGGACCUUUCACAUCUUCUACCAACUCAUGUGUGGAGCUUCAGAGGCCACCAGAGCAGACCUUCUCCUUGGUAGUGCUGACCAGUACAGGUUUCUGAGUGGAGGUGCUAUACCUGUUCCAGGCCAGAGUGACGCUGACAACUUCACCCAGACCAUGGACUCUAUGACCAUCAUGGGAUUCACACCAGAGGAGUCUCUGUCCAUGUUGAAGGUGAUCUCUGCGGUGCUCCAGUUUGGGAACAUCUCGUUCACUAAGGAGAAGAACCAGGACCAGUGCUCCAUGCCAGACGACACGGCUGCCCAGAAACUGAGCCACCUGCUGGGCAUCAGCGUGCUGGAGUUCUCCCGGGCCAUCCUCACCCCCAGGAUCAAAGUAGGACGCGAGUACGUUCAGAAGGCCCAGACCAAAGAACAGGCUGACUUUGCUGUGGAGGCGUUGGCCAAAGCUACAUAUGAGCGUCUGUUCCGUUGGCUGGUCCACAGGAUCAACCGGGCGCUGGACCGCAGACAGAGACAGGGAGCCUCUUUCAUAGGCAUACUGGACAUAGCAGGCUUUGAGAUCUUCCAGUUGAACUCAUUUGAGCAGCUGUGUAUCAACUACACCAACGAGAAGCUGCAGCAGCUGUUCAACCACACCAUGUUCAUCCUGGAGCAGGAGGAGUACCAGAGGGAGGGCAUCGAGUGGAGCUUCAUCGACUUCGGCCUGGACCUGCAGCCCUGCAUCGACCUCAUCGAGAGACCGGCCCAGCCCCCUGGUGUGCUGGCCCUAUUGGAUGAGGAGUGUUGGUUUCCGCGGGCGACAGAUCGUUCAUUUGUGGAUAAGCUGUCUGCUGAGCAGGGGACACACCCUAAAUUCUUCAAACCUCGACAAAUACGACAAGAGGCCGACUUCGCCAUCAUCCACUACGCUGGGAAGGUGGACUAUAAGGCAGAUGAUUGGCUGGUGAAGAACAUGGAUCCUCUGAAUGACAACAUAGCGUCUCUCCUCCACCAGUCCUCUGAUCACUUCAUCUCUGAGCUCUGGAGAGACGUGGAGAGGCCCGUAGGGCUGGACCAGGUGUCCAACGACACCAACAGUGGGCCGGUCAACUUCGGGGCGGGGCUGAAGACUAAGAAGGGGAUGUUCAGGACCGUGGGUCAGCUCUACAAGGAGUCCCUCACCAAGCUGAUGGCAACACUACGCAACACCAACCCCAACUUCCUCCGCUGUAUCAUCCCCAACCACGAGAAGAAGUCUGGUAAGCUGACUCCCCAUCUUGUUCUGGACCAGUUGAGGUGUAAUGGAGUCUUAGAGGGGAUCCGUAUCUGCAGACAGGGCUUCCCCAACCGCAUCCCCUUCCAGGAGUUCAGACAGAGGUAUGAGAUCCUGACUCCUAAUGCUAUCCCUCGUACCUUCAUGGACGGGAAGCAGGCCUGUGAACUCAUGAUCAGUGCGUUGGAGCUGGACCGUAACCUGUUCAGAGUUGGGCAGAGCAAAGUGUUCUUCAGGGCUGGAGUCUUAGGUCACCUGGAGGAGGAGAGAGACCUGAAGAUCACUGACACCAUCAUACACUUCCAGAGCGCUGCCCGAGGAUUCCUCGCACGCAGGGCCUUCCUGAAGAAGCAGCAGCAGCUGAGUGCUAUGAGAGUGAUGCAGAGGAACUGUGCUGCCUACCUCAAACUCAGGAACUGGCAAUGGUGGAGGCUGUUCACCAAGGUGAAGCCUCUGCUGCAGGUGACUCGUCAGGACGAGGAGAUCCAGGUGAGGGAGUCGGAGCUUAAGAAUGCCAAAGACAACCUGACCAGAGUGGAACAGGACUACACUGAUCUGGACAAGAAACACAUACAGCUGAUGGAGGAGAAGGCGGUGCUGACAGACCAGCUGCAGGCGGAGGCGGAGCUGUUUGCUGAGGCGGAGGAGAUGAGGGCCAGACUCGUCAGCAGGAAGCAGGAGUUGGAGGAAAUCCUGGGGGAGCUGGAGGGACGAUUGGAGGAGGAGGAGGAGAGGGGCGUUCAGAUGACCAAUGAGAAGAAGAAGAUGCAGCAGCACGUGACGGAUCUGGAGGAGCAGUUGGAGGAGGAGGAGUCGGCCAGACAGCGCCUCCAGUUGGAGAAGGUUACCCUGGAGACCAAGGUCAAGAGUCUGGAGACAGAGAUGCUGAGCACUGGAGAACAGAGAGACCGCCUCAGCAAGGAGAAGAAGCAGCUGGAGGAGAGGUUGAAUGAGGUGACAGACUCACUGACUGAGGAAGAGGAGAAGACCAAGAGUCUCAACAAACUGAAAAACAAACAGGAAGCAGUCAUUGCUGACCUGGAAGAUCGGUUGAAGCGUGAGGAGCAGGGUCGUCUGGAGCAGGAGAAGUGGAGGAGGAGGAUGGAGGGGGAAGCUGUGGAAGCCCAGGAGCAGCUCUCUGACCUGGGACUAAUGUCCGCUGAACUCAGGGGCACCCUGGCUCAGAGAGAGAAAGAUAUCACAACCCUACAGGGGAGAUUGGAGGAGGAGGGUGCACGAAGGACUGAGGCUCAGAGGGCUCUGAGAGAGGCCAUGUCUCAGGUGUCAGAGCUGAAGGAGGAAGUGGAGAAUGAACGAGGGAUGAGAGAGAGGGCAGAGAAACAGAGGAGAGACCUGGGGGAGGAGCUGGAGGCCUUGAGGACAGAGCUGGAAGACACACUGGACACCACGGCGGCCCAGCAGGAACUCAGGUCUCGUAGAGAGGCAGAGCUGGGGGAGCUCCAGAGGUGUGUUGAGGGGGAGACGAGACGUCACGAGGCCCAGCUCUCAGAGCUCAGAGUCAAGCACUGCUCUGCCAUAGACAACCUGCAGGAACAACUGGACAACAGCAAGCGGGCCCGUCAGUCCCUAGAGAAGGCCAAGACUCUAUUAGAGGAUGAGAGGGUGAGCUUGGCCUCAGAGCUGAAGUCCCUGCAGGGGGGCCGCAUGGAGAGUGAGAGGGGCCGCAAGAGGGCAGAGGGCCAACUCCAGGAGCUGACCACACGCCUCGCACAGGCCGACAGAGAGAGAGAGGAGAGAGAGGAGCGACUGCACAAGCUACAGUCUGAGAUGGAGACCCUCUCUAGUUCUCUCUCCUCCUCUGACUCCAAAUCCCUCCAUCUCAACAAGGAGGUCAGCAGCCUGGAGAGCCAGCUCCACGACGCUCAGGAGCUACUUCAGGAUGAGACUCGUCAGAAGCUGGCUCUGGGCUCCAGGGUGAGAGCUCUGGAGGAGGAGAGGAAUGGACUGAUGGAGAGAGUGGAGGAGGAAGAGGAGAGAGCCAAGGAUCUCUCCAGACAGAUACAGACUCACACUCAGCAGCUGGCUGAGUUGCGGAGGCAGUCGGAGGAGGUGAAUGGGGCGGUGGAGGCAGGAGAGGAGACCCGCAGGAAACUGCAGAGAGACCUAGACCAGGCUGUCCAGAGAGAACGACAGAAGGAGGAGGAGAAAGAACGUGUGGAGCGACAGAGGGAGAGGCUGAGGGAGGAGAUAGAGGACAUGACCCUGGCCCUGCAGAGAGAGAGACAGAACUGCACCACCCUGGAGAAGAGGCAGAAGAAGUUUGACCAGUGCCUGUCAGAGGAGAAGGUGGUGAGUGCCCGGCUGGCUGAGGAGAGAGACAGGGCCGAGGCAGACAGUAGAGAGAAGGAGACACGCUCCCUGGCACUGGCACGAGCCCUGCAGGAGGCCCAAGAUCAGAGGGACGAGCUGGAGAGAUCUAACAAGCAGCUCCGCAUAGACAUGGAACAACUAGUCAAUCAACAGGAUGACGUGGGGAAGAAUGUGCAUGAGUUGGAGCGUUCCCGCCGGGCCCUGGAGACAGAGGCAGAGUCCCUGCGCACUCAGACCCAGGAGCUGGAGGAGGAGCUGGGGGAGGCGGAGAACUCCAGGCUGAGGCUCGAGGUCACCCUCCAAGCCCUCAGGGCCCAGUUUGAGAGAGAGAUCAGCACCAAGGAGGAGAAAGGAGAGGAGAAGAGGAGGUCUCUCAACAAACAGGUGAGGGAGUUGGAGACCCAGCUAGAGGAGGAGAGGAGUCAACGCUCUCAGGCCAUGUCCGUCAAGAAGCAGCUGGAGGGGGAGCUACAGGAGGCUGAGGCCCAGGUGGAGACAGCCAAUCGCGGCAGGGAGGAGGGGCUUAGGCAGCUACGGAGACUGCAGGUUCAGAUGAAGGAGGUGCUUCGUGAGCUGGAUGAGUCCAAGCUGGCCCGUGACGAGGUGGUCGUCCAAUCAAAAGACACAGAGAAGCGCCUGCAGACCUUGGAGGCUGAGUUACUUCAGCUUACAGAGGAUUUAUCAGUGUCUGAGAAGAUGAGGAGACAGGCCCAGCAGGAGAGAGAUGAGAUGGCUGAUGAGAUCAUCAACAGCUCUACCGGGAAGUCUGCUCUGUGUGAUGAGAAGCGGAGGUUGGAGGCGCGAGUCACUCAGCUGGAGGAGGAGUUGGAGGAGGAGCAAAGCAAUGCUGAACUAGUGGCCGAGAGACACAGGAAGACUACACUUCAGGUGGAGACUCUGACGGUGCAGCUGCAGGGAGAGAGGACCCUGGGCCAGAAGGCUGAGGGGGCCAGGGAGGCUCUGGAGAGGCAUAACAAGGAGCUGAAGCUGAAGCUGGGGGAGAUGGAGGGAGCUGUCAGGGGAAAACACAGGCUCAGUGUCGCCGCCCUGGAGGCCAAGAUGGACGGCAUGGAGGAGCAGCUGGAGCAGGAGAGACAAGAGCGAGCGACAGCCAACAAGCUGGUGAGGAAGACAGAGAAAAAACUGAAGGAGGUGUUGAUGCAGGCAGAGGACGAGAGGAGACAUGCAGACCAGUACAGAGAACAGUUGGAUAAGUCUAUGGGCCGGCUGAGGCAGCUGAAGAGGCAGCUCGAGGAGGUGGAGGAGGAUAACUCUCGUUCCAACGCCCAGAGACGUAAACUGCAGAGAGAGAUGGAGGAGCUGACUGACAGCUCCCAGAGCAUGACCCGCGAGAUCACCGCUCUACGCAGCCACCUCAGUCUGCCUCACACUCCACUCCAUCCACUCAGCAUCACCACAUCUGAACGGAAACCAGAGAAGCGUGCUCCGAUGCCCCUUGGGAUGCGCUCAGGUCGCAGGGCGUUGGUGGAUGAUCUGUCGUGUGAGAACUCUGACUCGGAGGAGCCCCCCCCCUCCCCGACUCCUUCUUCUGGUACUGGCCCCGGAACUGGCCCCGGCACCCCCACACCCCCCUCUGAAAACAACAGUCUGGGGCCCCCCCCACCAUACAGCCUCAACGACACUGAGUAACACACACACAAACACACACGCAUACAUACAGAUACAUACUCACACAGACACAUAGGCCUGCAGACAUGUAUAUGUACACAUAGGCCUGCAGACAUGUAUAUGUACACAUAGGCCUGCAUACAUGUAUAUGUACACAUAGGCCUGCAUACAUGUAUAUGUACACAUAGGCCUGCAUACAUGUAUAUGUACACAUAGGCCUGCAUACAUGUAUAUGUACACAUAGGCCUGCAGACAUGUAUAUGUACACAUAGGCCUGCCUACAUGUAUAUGUACACAUAGGCCUGCCUACAUGUAUAUGUACACAUAGGCCUGCAUACAUGUAUAUGUACACAUAGGCCUGCCUACAUGUAUAUGUACACAUAGGCCUGCAUACAUGUAUAUGUACACAUAGGCCUGCAUACAUGUAUAUGUACACAUAGGCCUGCAUACAUGUAUAUGUACACAUAGGCCUGCCUACAUGUAUAUGUACACAUAGGCCUGCAUACAUGUAUAUGUACACAUAGGCCUGCCUACAUGUAUAUGUACACAUAGGCCUGCCUACAUGUAUAUGUACACAUAGGCCUGCCUACAUGUAUAUGUACACAUAGGCCUGCAUACAUGUAUAUGUACACAUAGGCCUGCAUACAUGUAUAUGUACACAUAGGCCUGCAUACAUGUAUAUGUACACAUAGGCCUGCAGACAUGUAUAUGUACACAUAGGCCUGCAUACAUGUAUAUGUACACAUAGGCCUGCAGACAUGUAUAUGUACACAUAGGCCUGCAUACAUGUAUAUGUACACAUAGGCCUGCAUACAUGUAUAUGUACACAUAGGCCUGCAUACAUGUAUAUGUACACAUAGGCCUGCAGACAUGUAUAUGUACACAUAGGCCUGCAUACAUGUAUAUGUACACAUAGGCCUGCAUACAUGUAUAUGUACACAUAGGCCUGCACAUAUGUAUAUGUACACAUAGGCCUGCAGACAUGUAUAUGUACACAUAGGCCUGCCUACAUGUAUAUGUACACAUAGGCCUGCAGACAUGUAUAUGUACACAUAGGCCUGCAGACAUGUAUAUGUACACAUAGGCCUGCAUACAUGUAUAUGUACACAUAGGCCUGCAUACAUGUAUAUGUACAUACAAAUACACCCUCACAUAGACUGACCUACUGAUCCUGCACUUUUUUAAACUCUUUCCUCUGCAGUCCAAACUAGAACAGAGCAUACACACUUUCCUUAAGUUUGGGUCAGUCACAGUGGUCAGUUAUUCUCUCUCCUCUCUCCUCUCUCUCUCUCUCUCUCUCUCCUCUCUCUCUCUCUCUCUCUCUCUCUCUCCCUCUCACACACACAAUUUAAUGGGGGAAGAGGAUUUGUUGAUGAUUCGUGAGCAAGAAUAUGGACUGUAAUCUCACUGGGGGAAGCUUCAUCUCCCAGACAUCUGAGGGACAGUGAAUUAUAUCAGCAUAGCCAUGUUCUAUUAUUAUGAUACUGUAUUUUGCUUCAAAUGGCAGAAGUAAGAUGGCUACUGGCCAAUAUCAAUGUAAGGCCAUGUUUAACCCUUUGAGGAACUCUGACAAUAUUCCACCUGUGUUUAGCGUUCUUGUUGAGGACAUCGCAAAGGGCUGCUAAAUGUUCUAGAAUGCUGUAGAAUCCUGGAAUAAAACACUCCGAAUACUGUUCCACUCCUCAAAGGGUUAAUGACAAUCUGCAUGUUUGGGAAGACAUUUUGCAAGACUAGAGAAACACACACAUGCACACACGCACGCACACAUACACACACACACACACAGGGGACUGAUUCAUGUUUCUAUGUAUGUAGUCCCUCUGUCAGUGUGGGUCCUGGAAAAGGUAAUCGCUCAUUGACUGCUAGUGUGAAAGACAGCUGAUAUGCUCUUCUGUCUUUUAACAAGCCUGGGAGAAGCUCCCAUGAGUUCAUCUUUCUCUCUCUCACUUCAAUUUCAAUGUAAGGCCAAGUUGUUAUUUUUAAAAUUAUUUUAGAAAACAAACAGAAUGUCUGUGAAGUAUUUUAGGAUAUAUUACUAAUUUGUUUGUAGUUUGAAUUAGGUCAUUUAUGGGGGAAAUAUCAAUCAGGGAAGAGGGUUAAGUGAGAGAGAAAAAAUGAAAAAUGAUAAUCAACCUUGCUGUUGUAUGCACAAUGAAGAAUGAAGCCAGCGGCAAGUUUCUAUAGAAAAAGACUGCUGAUAUUUCACUCCAUCAUCACACAUACUGGUGAAACUGGCUAGGGCAUAAACACCGGCAUCAUCGUAGACCUUAUCAAUCCAUCUUAUGAUUGUCAUAAGAUGAUGAAAUGUUGCUGUCUUUUGUCAUGAGAAGCGAUGACAACCAAACAUGUUGUUGCAGUUGCAUCAAACACUAUUGCAAAACAAACCAUGCAGUCUGUCUUCAUUCCUGUGCUCUGAUCUGGGUUAUCUAGACAUUCAUGGACCUUUUUGGAUUGAGACAGAUAGGUAGUUACUGUUGUUAGGCCAAUGGAUUGCAUAGGUAGGUAUAGGUAGAUAGAUACAGUAGGUAGAUAGAUACAGUAGGUAGAUAGAUACAGUAGGUAGAUAGAUACAGUAGGUAGAUAGUUUCUUUAAGUCUUUAACAUAUCUCUUCUUAUAAAUACAGGCAGUUGAAUCUGUGUCAUUUAUAUCAGUCUGAAUAUGAGCAAAAUCCUCCAUUAUUUAUUGCCGCUGGCUGUUUUUGUAUUGUUUCCAGUCUGUUCAGACAUAUCAUUGGUAGAUGACAUACUGGUAUGGUGUCACUGGCACUGAUGGAAAGGAAGGCAGGGCCUCACACAUACUGUAACCAUGGCAAUAGAGAGAGGUUAAGAACAGAAUCACAAUUACUAGGUGGAUUGUGGUUAACAACAUCUGUCUAUCUAUGUAGACUUGUGUUGUUGAAUAAUUCCUGGAUGGGGUAUUGGUUGUUCUAUUUGACAGUGUUAGGGAGGUUUGUAGGUCUUGGUUAGUAGGGAAUGCACUGGAAAUAUAUUGGACAGAGAGAUGACAGACAUUUAAGACAGUAACCAACACUACAUCAGAACUCACCUGUGGAGCAGGACACUGGAAUCUCUUACACAGAACA